AUGACCAUAAAUGGUGACAUAAUAAGCGAAAUUGAGAGUUUUAUGUGCCUGGGAUUUAUUGUAAAAAAAAAAAGCAGUGACUUUAACGAGGAUGUGAAACAUAAGAAUAAGGGUGGUUGGGUAAAGUGGAAAGAAUCAUGUGGUGUUUUAUGUGACAAGAGGAUUCCAAUGAGACUUAAAGGUAAGUUUUACAAGAGUGUGGUGAGGCCAACUAUGUUGCAUGGUUCGGAAUUUUGGUCAGUAAACAGAAAAUAGAACAGACAAUGAGUGUAGCAGAGAUGAGAAUGUUUAGAUAUUCAUAUUUCAGUGAGACAAAUCAAGUCAUAAGGAAAAAUUAA